AUGGCUGCUACCAGAACCUCCUCGCGCCAGGCCUCAUUAAAGGCCAAGGAGGCAAUUUUCGAGUCUUCUGAGAAGAAAGUCCGGGCUGCUCCUGGUGCUAAGCGUAAGAGUUCUUCAGACAAGGGGCCCGAGCCCAAACGGGAGAAGAAAGAGGAAGAGGGAGCCGAAGAAGAUGGAGGAGUUAUGGCAGACAGUGUCACUCAGCCGCAGGAACCAGAAGAGCCAGUCAAGCGGGAGAAUCUUCCGGAGAUGUCUACAGUGAAGGGAGAGGAGCCGGAGAUCGAGGAGAUCGAGAAAACUCAGAUACAAGAGCAUCCAGUCCUUGAACAGCGCAAGGCUGAAGGGCAGUCACCCGGGUUUCGGAGCUCGCAAGAACGGGAAGAUAUCGUUCCUUCCAAUAUCUUGGAAAAGGGUAUUAUUUACUUUUUCUACCGCCCUAGAGUCAAUAUCGAGCAACCAGUUAGUAUGGGAGACAUCGCGCGCAGCUUUUUUGUCUUACGCCCAACCCCCCUCGGGGCAGCCCUCACUCCUGGGUCUAUGGCACCCGGGGCGAAGUGCCGGCUGAUGAUGCUCCCCAAGAAGAAGUUCCCCACGUCCGGCAGAGAGCGAGAUAUGGGAUUCGUGGAGAAGGCAGGCGUGUCUAUAAAAAUGCUAGACGAGACCUUCAUCGCCGGCGAGACGUAUGAAACCUCAACUCGCGGGGAACGCCACCGACCCGAGGCCCGGCCGUACGCAGAAGGAGUGUAUGCAAUCACAUCGACGAGACGCGCAUCCCACCUGGCGUACGUCAUCACCAUUCCGUCUGAAGUCGGAGAUUUGCAACACGACUUUGGCAUCGGUUCUCGUGGCAGCUGGAUUGUGCAGUCGAAGAAUCCCAAAUUCCCUGGGCCCUCGUACGCCCGGCUGCCAAAGGAUCCAGAGUACCCCGCCCAUGUUGUGGAAAAAUUCAAGGAUCUCCGCUGGGUGCCUCUUGAACCCGAGCUCAUCGACUACCCGAAUGCCCAGUUUCUCAUGAUCGGUGAAGCACAAGACGACCUGGGCAAGGCCGCCACUGCAGAGCCCGGUGGGAAACAGCCGACCGAAGAAGAACCCGGCGAGGAGCUGGAGAAGCUGGAACACGAGAACGAGGAACGGAUCGAAGCACUAUCAGGAGACCAUACCGUUUACCAGGACCUUGGGCUGGACGCAAAGAACUACCCUGACGUGCCGACGACCUGGAACAGCGAGUAA